AUGAAGAAGGUCAGCACAUAUUUGGAGAUUAGAACCAAUGGCCACCAAGAACAGCCGCCACAAGAAGUGGAGAGGAAAGACUGGUGGAAGGGUAAAGGAGACUAUGAGAGCCUCAAAGAAGUACAAGAUGGCAAGGAAAGGAUUCGUAAGAAGAGAAAUCAAGUCAAAAGAAGGGCUAAAGGAAUGAGAAGCAUCAAGAGGCAAAAUACUUUGCCAUUUCCAAGCCUGGACUUUGGUCUACCGUCGUCCAAGCUUGUGGGGGAGUAUUAG